UAAAAGAAUGUACUUCAAUACAAAUUGAUAUGGAGGAUGAUUUGCCGAAAUUAAUUUGCGUGGAAUGUACGAAGAAACUAAAUACUGCGUUUGAAUUUAGAAAACAAUGUGAAUUGACUCAAAAAAUUUUAUUACAAUUUAAAGAUUUUGGGGCAACACGUCCUGUUAAAUUUGAAAGUAACGGAUCAAAUCCUCAAUCUCAUAAAACUGAAAAUUUAGAAACAAAUGAAAUAGAUAUUAAAUCCGAAGAUUCUUUUAAUAUAAACGAAAAUAAUUCGGACACAUGUGAUGAAAUUAAUAAGUUUAAAAUAAACUAUGAAUCGAACAUUUUGAAAACUAAAGCUUUAAGUUUCGGUAGUGUAGGUGAGACUAUUGAAACUACUACGAAUGAAAAUAAGAAUUCUUUAGACGUUUUGAAGAAACAAAAUUUCAACUUGGAGAAUAUAAACACCAACACUGUAAAAAAUAGUUUAUCUUGUAAUUUAGAUGAUCAGCCUUUAAACAAAAGAUUAAAAAUAGAAAACAGUGACUCAAUUUCAGAAGAUUAUGAUUGUGAUAUACCUAUUCAAAGUAGUGACGAAUCUAUAGUUUUAAGAAAAAAUAAAUACAAAAAAAAAUCUAUCAAACCAAAUGAUAAAAGAAAAGUCAAAAAAGCUGACCUUACUUUAAAAAAUGGUAUAUCAUGCCCUCAAUGUAAAAAAUCUUUUGAAUUAGAAGCAGAUUUAGAAAUUCAUAUGUUAAAACAUAAAAAAUUUGAUGAGUUCAUUUGUCCUAAAUGCUCUAAAUCUUUCGAAAAUGAACGGAGUUUAAAACAACAUUUCAAUACACACAUGAUUGAUAAGCCGUAUAAAUGCAAUUUUUGUGAUAAAAGUUUUGCUAAAUCAGGGGAUCGAAAUCGUCAUUUACGAAUUCAUACAGGUGAAAAACCUCAUGUAUGCUCUACAUGUGGGGAACGAUUCAUGGAAUCGAGUAAAUUAUCACGUCAUAUGAAAUAUCAUCUUGGUAUAAAAAAUUUCGUGUGUACAGUUUGUUCUAAAUCGUUUACUUUUUCACAAGAGCUUAAACGUCAUAUGCUUAUGCAUACUGGUGAAAAACCUUACUUGUGUACAGAAUGUGGGAAAAGUUUUCGUCAGCUGCAAAGCUAUAAAGAACAUCAAAUUACACAUUCGGGUGAACGUCCGUAUUCAUGUACAGAAUGUGAGAAGACUUUCACUUUGAGUAAAUAUUUAAAAUGGCAUAUGCGUUCACAUACAGGUGAAAAACCAUUUGUUUGUAAAAUAUGUGAGAUGGCUUUUACAACAGCACGUGCUCUUGUUAGACACAAUCGAUCUCAUACUGGAGAAAGGCCGUAUUCUUGUGAUAUUUGUAAAAAAACUUUUAAAUCAAGUCAGGAAGUAACUCAACAUAAACGGACCCAUAAUAAAAUUCCCCAAUUUUUCCUUAAGCAAGGGGAUAGUCCAUAUUGGUGUGAUAUUUGUGGAAAGACUUUUAAGGCAAAUAAAUAUUUAACACGCCAUAAACGAGAAGCACAUGUUGAGGGAAAACCAUAUUCCUGUGAUUUAUGUGAAAAGGCUUUUAAAUAUAGUAAACAUUUACGAGCACAUAAACGAACACAUGACGAAACAAGGCAAUUUCGGGGUGGGAUUAAAAUUGAAAUGGAAGAAGAUAGUAUCAUACAAACAAAUUUUCAAAAAAUUUGUAGAACCUGUUUGAUAAAAAAAGAUAAUUUACAAGCUAUUUUCCGUAUCGUAGAUUUAUUAAAAGAAUGCACUUCAAUACAAAUUGAUAUGGAAGAUGAUUUACCAAAAUUAAUUUGCCUCGAAUGUACUAACAAACUAAACACGGCCUUUGAAUUCAGAAAACAAUGUGAAGUAUCUCAAAAAAUUUUGUUACAACUAAGGCAGUUCGGUGAAACUUCUGUUAAACUUGAAAGUAACGGAUCAAAUGUUCAUUUACAAAAUGGAAAAAACGAAAAUUUAGAAUUAAAUGAAAUCUAUAUUAAAUCCGAGGAAUCUUUUAAAAACGAAAUAAAUUCUGAUACAUCCGAUGAAAAUAAUAAAUUUGACGAUGUUUUUAAUUUUGUGAAAGUUAAACAGCUAACCAGUAUACAUGAGUUUGUCGAAACUAAAAAUAUUUUAGACGUUUCUAAAACUCAAAAUAUUAAUGUAGAAAGUGUAGAUACUAAUCUUUCAAAGGACAGUUUACUUAGUGAUUUUAAGGACAAAGAUUUAGAUAAUAGAUUAAAGAUUGAAGAUGAAAAUGAAGAAGAUAUUCAUGAAAAUAACGAUUGCGAUGCAGGAAAUAGUGAUGAUGAAUCUUUAGCUUUAAGGAAAAAUAAAUGUAAAAAAAAGUCUAGUAAGUUAAAGGUAAAGAGAGAAUUGCAAGUGAAACAAGAUACUCUUACAAUAAAAAAUGGAUUAUCAUGCCCAAAAUGUAAAAAAUAUUUUGAAUUAGAAACAGAUCUGGAAAUUCAUAUGUUAAAACAUAAAAAGUUUGAUGAAUAUAUUUGUCCUAAAUGUUCAAAGUCUUUCGAAACUGUUACAAAGUUAAAAAGACAUCUUAGCACACAUUUGAUUAACAAACCGUAUAGAUGCAAUUUUUGUAAUAAAAGUUUUAUUGAAGCUCGUAACAGAAAUCGUCAUUUACUGGUUCAUAAAGGUGAUAAAGAUACUUCUAAUCAAAAUAGUGACGAAUCAAUUGCUUUGGGAAAACAUAAGUUAUUUAACAUUCCAACAAGAGACGGACUUCCAUGUCCUCAAUGUGAAAAAUUUUUUGAAUUACAAACAGACCUAGAAAUUCAUUUGUUGAAACAUAAGAAAUUUGAAGAAUUUGUUUGUCCUAUGUGCUCAAAGUCUUUUGAAAAUGAAAAAAGUUUAAAACGUCAUUUCGAUAGACACAUGAUUGACAAGCCGUACAAAUGUAAUGUUUGUGACAAAAGUUUUGUUAAUUCUGACGAUCGAAAUCGUCAUUCACGAAUUCAUACAGGUGAAAAACCUUACGUAUGCUCAACAUGUGGUAAACGGUUUACAGCUUCUAAUAGAUUGUCACGUCACAUGAAAUAUCAUAUUGGUAUAAAGAAUUUCGUGUGUACAUUUUGUUCUAAAUCGUUCAUGUUUCCACGAGAGCUUAGAGGUCACUUGCGUACGCAUACUGGUGAAAAACCUUACCUAUGUACAGAAUGUGGGGAAAGUUUUAGCCAACUGAAAGGUUUAAAAGUACAUAAAAUAAACCAUACGGGAGAAAGGCCAUUUUCAUGCACAGAAUGUGACAAAACUUUUACUAUAAAUAAAUAUUUAAAAGAACAUAUGCGUAUCCAUACAGGAGAAAAGCCUCAUGUAUGUAAGAUAUGUGGAGUGGGCUAUACAUCGCCAGGUGCUCUUGUUGUACAUAAUCGAACUCAUACUGGGGAGAGACCGUUUCCUUGUGAUAUUUGCGAAAAGACUUUCAAAACAAGUAAAAAUUUAUCACAACAUAAUUAA